AGGUGCAGAGCCGGGAGUGCAUCGAGGAAGUCAUCAAGUUCGCCUACGAGGAGAAGCUCUUCCUGCUGGCUGACGAGGUGUACCAGGACAACAUCUACGCCGAGGGCUCGGCCUUCUACUCCUUCAAGAAGGUCCUGAUGGAGAUGGGGCCGCCCUACUCGGACUCGGUGGAGCUGGCCUCCUUCCACUCCAUCUCCAAGGGAUACAUGGGAGAGUGCGGGCUGCGGGGCGGCUACAUGGAGGUGGUGAACCUGCACCCCGAGGUGAAGGCGGAGCUGGCCAAGCUCGUGUCCGUGCGUCUGUGCCCGCCCGUGCCCGGACAGAUGGUCCUGGACGUGGUCAUGGACCCGCCCAAGCCCGGAGACCCCUCCUACGAGCGCUUCCAGGCGGAGAAGGAGGCGGUGCUCAGCGCCCUGGCGGAGAAGGCGCGGCUGACGCAGGAGAUCUUCAACCGCACGCCCGGCAUCCACUGCAACCCCGUGCAGGGCGCCAUGUACUCCUUCCCCCGCAUCGACCUGCCGCCCCGCGCCGUGGCCGCCGCCAGGGAGAAGAAGCAGGCCCCGGACAUGUUCUUCUGCAUGAGGCUCCUGGAGGAAACCGGGAUCUGCGUCGUCCCAGGAAGCGGCUUCGGACAGAAGGAAGGCACCUACCACUUUCGGAUGACCAUCCUGCCGCCCACGGAGAAGCUGAAGAUCCUUCUGGAAAAGCUCAGCGACUUCUACACCAAGUUCGUCCAGGAAUUCUCUUAACGAGGGUGGCCACGCCCCCUUUGCCACGCCCCCUUUGCCACGCCCCCUUUGCCACCCCCUGUCACCUCGUGUCACCGCGUGUCACCGCGUGUCACCGCGUGCCACCCCACAAUUCCCACCAGGCCCUGGGUGGUCUCCAGGUGUCUCCGUGCCUUCAUUUUUUUGGGAAUUCCGGGGCGGGUCCCCAAAUAAAGGAGAGUGGUGGCA